UAUUGCUCGUAUAUUCUUCCCUUCAAUGGUGAACCCUAUCAAAUUAUCUAAUCUGUUGGAUUAUCUUUUUUGCUCCAAUAAAAUAUUUUCCCUCAAGGAUUCAAACUUUAAGUUUCACUAUGACGAGUGUUUUAGCAUUGCCUGCACAUCACCCAGCCACACCUCUCGUGUCACCUUUGUCAUCCAAUUUUUCUAGACAAUUGAGAUUUAUUGGGUUUAGAAGAAGGCAGCUUCUUAGAACAAAUGUGGCAAUGCCCAUUGCAGUUUGCGCAGAGAAAAAGAAAGAAGUAAACCCUUUCUUAAAAUUUGCAGUUGGUGCGGUUACAGAAAUCCUCAGAAUCUUCAACAGAAAAGACAGCAGUGAAAUUGUUUCAGCCGCAACACCAAGUGAUGUUUCAGUUGCUGAUGUGGAUGAUCUAAUAGCUGUUCUAGAAUCAGAUUAUAACCGGUCCUAUUUUCUAACAGGAGAAUUCACGACAUCAAUUUAUGCAGAAGAUUGUUGCUUUGUAGACCCAACAAUCAAAUUUAAUGGAAGGGAUUUGUAUCAACGGAAUUUGCAGUUGCUGGUCCCAUUUUUUGAGAAUCCAUCCUUGUUGCUUUCUAGCAUUGAACAGGGGUUGAAAGGAGAUACAAGAUUUAUUGAAGCAAAGUGGCAGCUAAGAACUUACUUGAAAUUUCCAUGGAGGCCUCUCAUUUCAUUGGAAGGUUCAACAAUAUAUGACUUAAAUGAUAACUUAAAAAUUAUAAACCACGCUGAAAGUUGGAGCAUAUCUCCUUUCGAAGCUAUCACACAAAUAUUUGUUCCAUCUUCAAAUCUUUUCUCGAAAAAAUGAAGAUUUAUUAUCAGUAUGAUUUUCAAUGUGUGGUAAAGAUGACCUAGUGUAGUUAUUGAUUACAUGCUUCAUCAUAAUAAUUAGAACUAACUAUUUGUGGGCUCUAAGAUCAAACAUAAAAAUAUUUGGUGGUGCCAACUAGAGGAACUAUCAAAACUUUAAAAUUCAUAAAAUCAUAGUACUACUAGUCCAAACUUGUAAGAACCUCCACCAAAAUUUCUGGCCAAUAAUUUGCAAUUUUCACAGGUUUGGGUA